AACAGCUAGUAAACAAAGCAAUGCUCCAUUCCAGUAAAAAUUGGAUUCCAUCAUGGACGACUGUCCCAUUUGUCCCCAUCUUUCAAAGCUGACACAUUUUUACAGAGGCGUCUUCCCAAAGGCUCUCCGCAGACUGCUGCACCAAGAGGCCGUCGAUAAAUCCACUGGCAGUUUUGUCGAUUUUCUUAAUGAUAAGAAAGAAAUCCUGUUUCACAUGAAAGGCAAACAGUGCUGUUGUGGUUUCAGACAGAGAAAUUCAGUAUUAAAGGAGGCCGAGUGGAAUAAUUUAUAUACAUCUCGGAGUAACUCUUGUCCAAACAACUGCACCGACUGCUUCCAUGUAUAUAAAGCUCGAGAAUGGAUGACGGUGGAUCAGCUCGAUUUUUCUCUUGCUUGUGUUCUUUUGCGCAACAUUUGUCCAAAUCAAUACGAGAACACCAUCAAGACUGCUCAGAAGCACAGAAAUGAAGUAAUACACUUAGAAAAGUCAUCAAUAGAUGGAGAGGAAUUCGAAUUACUCUGGAACAAGGCUUUAAUAUCACUUUCUGAUAUUGCUGAUCUUGUUUCCAAAGAGUUUAAAGAAGAGAUCAUUCUGGAAGCUGAGCUAGUUUACAAAUACAAACCGGAAUUGUCCAGAUAUCUAGAAAACACACUUUGUGAGGUAGAAGAACACGAGAAAGAUGACUCGUUUACGCCGAUAAAAGUAACACAGUCUAUUAUACACUCACUGGAUCACUAUGGCAUUGCUGUUGUUGUUGGCUACCUUGCAUGGAAGCGGGAAGUCCUCAAUAGGUUUGGAAGUUAUCCGACAAAUGUAUUCCAAUGACAAAACUGUGAUCAAGCUCAAUCAGGUUCAAGACUGGAGCAAACUUAUUAAUCCAAAAUCUAAUCCUGUUGUCUUAAUUGAUGACUUUUUGGGGGCAUCAAAUACGUCCCUUGCUGGGAUUUUGGAGGUAAAACCUCUUUUUAGCACAAUUUUUGCUUGUGUGAAAAAUAGUAGUACCAAAGUUGUGUUGACUAUUCGGAAAUCAAUUUACGAAAGAUGGCACAACUAUUUAGAAGAAUCAAGACUGUUUGAAUGCAAACAUGUAAUUGAUCUAACUGCAGAGGAGAACAGUCUAAAUCUAGAAGAAAAGAGAACUAUGUUAAGAAAUCAUUUGCAGAGCAAAGGAAUCCGUGUAUUGAGAACGAAAAAGGAGACGCAGAAAUGUGAUGAGCCCAGUAUUGAUCAAUUUACAGUGGAGGCCAUUGCUCAUACAAAUGCUCAUCAGUUUCCUCUUUUAUGUUUCUUAUUCACAAAGUCAGAUAAGCAUCUUCAUCUCGGACUGAGGUUCUUUGAGCAACCGAGGAAGACAUUAGUAGCAGAAAUUGACUCAUUCAGGAAAUCUACCGAAGCAAAGGAAAGAUGGAAAUUAGCUGUUUUGUCGUAUACCGCAGUCUCAGGAAACGUGAUCAACCAUAGAAAUUUAAACAUGGACUGUAUUACUAUUAUUGCAGAAUCCCUAAACUUAAAAGUUCAAAACAGAAUUGAAUGCAAAAGAGUGAUAGCAGACGCAAUCGAGGAACUGGUGAAUGAUUACAUUAGAAUGACAACUGGAAGUCGAGAUACAUACGAGUUCAUCCACUUUACGUUUUUGGAGGCAACAGUCCUUUCUUGUGGACUGGUUUUUCCUGAACUGGUGGUGGAGCAUUGUAACAAGGAUACUUUGUUUCAACUGAUAAGACCAGAGCGUUAUACUGAGAGAGAAGGAGAGGUUAUCUUAAGAUUAGACUUGGAUUGUUUUGAAUCACUUGCAAAACGAUUUAUUUCAGAAAUCAUUUUUGACAAGAAAAUUAUUCCCCAUGUUUUAUUCCAUCCUGUCAUGGAAGAUACAGAGUUUUCUGAACAGUUUUUCUCUCAGCUUGAGUCAUCUAUUGUAAAUAAGGAUUUACUACCGAGUGAUGUCUACCAAAUUUUAAUAGAAGCAUCAAAAUGGGGUCAUCUAAGAACUGCGAAGACUUGCUUUUCGUCCGGUAUUCCGCAACAUGUUUUAGAGGAAGCGGUCAACUAUGCAAGUUAUAAUAAUCAUGCUAGUGUUGUUGAACUUUUAGUCAAAGAUUUGAAACCUGAUCCAUAUUUCUUACAGGCUUGUAGUUUUGGUUGCGAUGAUGUAGUCAGUAUAUUGUUUAAAAAAGGUUUCAUUCGAGAUUUGGAAUUAUUAAAGGAGGGAAUUUUCAGGUCAUCUAAAGCUGGCCAUUCAAAGUUAACCAAUGCACUACUCAAUGUGUAUAAAGGAUGUCUAAAAGCCUCUGAAUUUAAGAGAACGGUCUUGAAAAUUUUAUACGACGCGAUAGAAGCAGAAAAAGCAAAAACUGUAAUGGACAUUAUAUCGUAUCAGGGAUUGGACAUAGAAACCGAGGAUUUAAUUGGUUUAGUUUUGGAAUCUUGUUAUUCAAAUCAAUUAGAGUUUGCAGAGUAUCUUCUCCGAAAAUACGCUCAUUUGCAUAUUGAAAAUCGGAAUUUGUUAAAAUUAUUCAAGGGAAGUAGAUUAUGUGUAGACUUAAUUUUUGAAUUGAAAGAUAUUUUCUGCUUACAGAAUUUCUUUAGUGAUGAAAAUAUCAAAACUAUUCUAAUAUCCGCUAAUCAUGGGAUUUACAUUAUUGAGAAGGCAUUCGCACGCUUUCCAAAUGAAGUCAAGGAAUCUGUACGUUCAUCACCUGUUCUGUUGCUUCAUUUGUUGUGGAUCGGUCGUCAUUCGAUUGUCUCUCAGAUCCUAUUGGAGAACACUGACCUUUUGCAAAUUGUCCAGGACUUGAUUAAACAAUUUUUAGGAAAGUAUUCCAUUGCCGAAUUUGCUGCUUAUUGCGGGUUUCCAAGUCUUGACCUGUUUACUGGGAAUGAAUCUUGUGAGAGGCUUGGUUUGCUAUCUUGUGAGAGGCUUGGUUUGCUAUCUUGUUGUAUUGAAGGAUUUCGAGCACAAGCAAGGCUACCUGAUCUAGAGCCCCAUUUGGGCUAUCUUAAAAAUGCACCUUUACAUGGAACUGUUAAUUUCUUUGAGACGGAUUCCCGUCAGCUGGGUUAUUUUCUGUGCUUACAGUCUCUGAAUGAUGAAACCAGUAAACUCAAUACAGAUUCUCCUAUUUUCAGAAAAAUAAUGGAGAUCAUGAAUGACCAUUUUGAAUCGGAGACGCUGUCUUUCUUAAAAAACGAAGAUAAUUUGUUGUCUCUUCGUUUACUGACAAUAUCAAGCAGGAAAUUGGAAGUGCUAAAAAUGCUUCGCACAGUUCUUCUUCAACAUUUAGACUUUGCGAACAUUGAAGAAAUGUGUUCGGUCAAUAAGCUCAUGACAUGA